GUCCUUUGCGUCUUGGUCGCUCGUGGUCUGCAGCAGGAUCGCUCAAACUCAUCUCAAUCCCAUUCCCCGAUCUCAUUCCAUCGCCAUUCAGCCAGCACCCCACCUCUCAUUUCCGCCGCCUUCGACAUGAUCUUCUCUAGCUCGACCCUCUCCACCCUCGGCCUGGUUCUCUGUGCCGCCACGACCGUCCUGGCCCGCGGCGGAAACGCCAAUGUCGGUGCCGAUGUCGCCGUCUCCGGCCAGAACCAUGUGUCGUCCUCGGCCAACGGCGUUGGAGCCAAGGCUCCCAAGUCGAAGACCACUAAGGCUAAGACCACUAAGGCUAAGACCACCAAGACCAAGACCACCAAGACCAAGACCACCAAGACCAAGACUGUCAAGCCCACCACCACCACCAUCACCCGGACCACUGCCACUUCGACUCCCACCACGCCCCCGUCGCCUCCCGGCAGCUUCCUCAUGACCCUCGACGAGUUCAAGUGCGCCUUCACCAAGCUUACCACCGACCAGAUGGUCCAGGACCGCUGGACUGGUCUGCAGGCCGCCGUCGCCGGUACUUCCCUGGGAUCCUCCCGCAGCGAACUCGCCAUGUUCCUCGGAGAAAUUGACCACGAGAGUGACGGUCUGACCGCUGUGGUUGAGUACUGCGCUCUGCCGUCGGCCAAGAGCAGCUGCGUCACCAGUUACGAUGGCCCUGCCUGGUGCAAUGCUCCGGUCCCUGCUGGCAAGCACUACUACGGAAGAGGCUUUAUCCAGCUCUCGUGGUCCUGCAACUACCAGGCUGCUGGCAAGUCCAUUGGCGUUGAUCUGCUCAGCAACCCCGACCUUGUUGCCACCGACAUCACCCUUGCCUGGAAGACGGCCGUCUGGUUCUGGUACGAAAACAACUGCGGAAAGGGCUCCUUUGCCGAUGCCACCCGCGCCAUCAACGGCCAGCUCGAAUGCAACGGCGGUUCCGGUGCCGCGAACCAGGUCCUCCGCAUCCAGCGCUACCAGGAAGUUCUCAAGUGCAUGAGCAUGACCGACAGCCGCCCCAUGAGCUGCUAAAGUGCAUCCGAUUUCGAUCUAUCGGCCCCGGCCAAAGCAAAGCGCUUGCCACACCCACACCCACCAACCUUGGGGUUCAAAUUAAUUCCGCCUCGUUUCGAAUGAAUAGUCCUUCUCAUGAUCUCUAUUUACCACCCUUUCGCUUCGCUAUCACCGUCACUCCAGGCACUGGUUGCCUGGGCGGCGGUGCUUGCUCGUGCCGUGCAAUAUUCUCUCCCUCUCCCUCGCAUAAUCUCUUGGUGUCUGCGUUCAUGUUUGCGAGCGAAUUACAACGUUUCCAAAAUGAAAUGGGACACUCGGUCGUGGCCAGCUUUUGCCGUCCACUGCAAGGACGUGCUCCUACUUUCCAUGGC